AUGUUGCUGUGGUCAGUAUGGAGUGCAUUAUUGCUACUGAACUCGCUGGAGGCUACAGAGGAGGACAACCUCCGAGCAGGCUGCAGCACAGCUGUGAAUGACCUGGUCUACAUUGUUGAUGGCUCAUGGAGUGUUGGAUCUGAUGACUUUGAAACGGCCAAACAGUGGCUCAUAAACAUCACCAGCCAAUUUGACAUCAGCGCCUACUACACACAGGUAGCUGUGAUCCAGUACAGCGACACUCCUCGUCUGGAGAUUCCUCUGGGGAAACAUUUGAGUGGAACUGAGCUCAUCCGAGCCAUAAGGGGCAUCGACUACCUGGGAGGGAACACACAGACUGGCCGGGCCAUCAGAUUCGCUGUAGAUCACGUCUUUCCCUCCUCGCAGAGAGCCAGUCAAGUCAAGCACCGUAUUGCUGUGGUGGUUACUGACGGGAAAUCUCAGGAUGACGUGGUGGAUGCCAGCGUGGAGGCAAGAGCUCAGGGCAUUACAUUAUUUGCAGUAGGAGUGGGCAAUGAGAUCACCAUCUCAGAGCUGAUAACCAUCGCCAAUAAACCAGCGCCCACCUAUGUCCUGUAUGCUGAAGAUUACACUGCCAUGGAGAGAAUCCGAGACUCCAUGGAGCAAAAGCUCUGUGAAGAGUCUGUGUGCCCAACACGAAUCCCUGUAGCAUCCAGGGAUGAAAAAGGCUUUGAGCUGAUGGUGGGCAUGAAGAUCCAAAUAAAAGCCAAGAAGAUCCCUGGCUCUCUGAUUUCAGAGGCAGCCUACACUCUGACGGCCACGACAGAUAUCACUGAAAACACAAAGGACAUUUUCCCAGAAGGCCUCCCUCCAUCAUAUGUGUUCGUAGCCACCGUACGUCUGAAGGGAACCUCUAGCAAGAUGACCUUUGACCUGUGGAGAGUGCUGUCAAAGGAAAAGGAGAUCCAGGCUGCAGUGACUCUGAGUGGAAGGGACAAAAGUGUCAUCUUCACCACCACCAGUACACGAGCACAGGAGCAGAGAGUCACCUUUAAGGAAAACUUUAAGUCUCUUUAUGAUGGGAAGUGGCAUCAGCUCAAAAUUCUGGUGAAGCCAACCAAGGUUACCAGCUUCCUUGAUGAUGAACCACUCCAAGAGGUAAAACUGGAUCCUGUGGAGCCAAUUUACAUUAAUGGAAUUACACAGGUGGCCAAGAGGAGAGGAGCAGACUUCACUGUGCCGGUGGAGAUCCAGAAGCUGCGUCUAUACUGUGAUCCUCUCCAGAGUGACAGAGAGACGGCCUGUGAGAUCCACUCAGUGGAUGAUGAAAGGUGUCCCCUGAAUCGAACGGCCACAGAGGAGAAGGAAGAAGAAGACUGCAACUGUGUGGUUGGACCACCAGGGCCGCGUGGUCUGCCAGGACGCAUGGGUUUCCGAGGAGAAAAAGGGAGGGAGGGGCCACCAGGGCCUGAUGGUAAGCCUGGUAAAGAUGGAAAAACUGGGGAACCUGGCCCUCCUGGAUUACCAGGACCAAAGGGUGAAGUUGGCCCAAUCGGACCAAAAGGGGAGCCUGGUCCCGUAGGCUUCCUGGGCGAGCAAGGGGAUCCAGGAGAACCAGGAGAACCAGGACCCCCAGGACUCAAGGGUCUUCCUGGUGAGAGAGGCAAGCCGGGACCUCCAGGAGAAGAUGGACCAAUGGGCAAGCCAGGAGAACAAGGCAGCAGAGGACAGGCUGGGCCCCCGGGACCAAAGGGUGAGACGGGAGUCCCUGGACCGACAGGCGAAGCUGGACCUCAAGGUGCCCUGGGUGCUCGAGGACUUCCUGGAGACUUGGGGCCAGAGGGACCACAGGGAGAGAGAGGAUUGCCUGGGCCUCAAGGACCUUCAGGGUUAAAUGGACCACUUGGAAUCCAGGGGCCCCGGGGGCCGCCCGGAGAGAUCGGCCGAGAUGGUCCCAAGGGGAACUGUGGAGAUCAAGGGGUUGCUGGUCCUCCUGGUCCACCAGGUCUAAAGGGCUGGAGAGGGGUGCCAGGUCUUCAAGGCAUGGCGGGGGCCACUGGGCUGCCGGGGUUUAAAGGUCAUCGGGGGGACAAAGGAGAGCCAGGACCUAAAGGACACCAGGGGGAGCCUGGCAGAGACGGAGAGCCCGGGAUGCCUGGUGUAGCCGGCGAAGAGGGACCCAGGGGAAGGAAAGGAGAGAAAGGAGAUACAGGCGAUGUCGGCCUCAUGGGGACUGAAGGAAAGAAAGGAGAUAUGGGCCACAUGGGUGCAGCUGGUCCCAGGGGAUUUCCUGGCCAGGAUGGUUUGCCAGGCCCACCAGGUCAACCAGGUCAACCAGGAUACCCCGGAAAACCAGGCAAACCUCCCUCAGAUGAACAUCUUCUGAAGCUCUGCUCUGAUGUCCUGCGGAAUCAGCUUCCAGCACUGCUCCAAAGCCUGGCUCACUCCACCAGGUGUGCAACCUGCCACAGUGUGAAGGGACCCCCAGGUGAGCCAGGAGUACCAGGACCUAAAGGCUCCAUGGGAUCUCCAGGCUACCCUGGCAGGAGUGGUGCUCCCGGAUACCCAGGCCCCCCUGGUCUGCAGGGUCCCACAGGCCUCAAAGGCGACAUAGGACUAAGAGGGCUCAAAGGCUGCAAAGGAGAGGGUAAUCAUGGACCUCCAGGACCACCUGGACAGCCAGGAAUUCAGGGUCCACGUGGUUUUGAUGGCGUCGGUCAUCCAGGCAAUCAGGGAAUUCCAGGUAAACCAGGACCACCAGGAGACCCUGGUAAACGAGGCAACCCAGGGUUUCCAGGUGUUUGUGACAUUUCCAUGUGUUAUCAGACCUACAACCUCAGAGAACAUUACAGCAAAGGACCAAACGUCUGA